AUGACUAAAUGCCGAUUUGGCCACUCACGUUAUCUACAUAUAACAUAUCUUUUAUCUUUAUGUGAACACGGUGAUCUACAUUUACGUGGUGCAUCUACAAAUUUACUUGUUACAUUAAUUAAAACAACAAUUCAUCUUUUAACACUAUCAUCAUUAUCAGAUUCAUUUAAUAAUUCUUUUAUUAAUCAAUGUUUCCUUGUAUCAACUGAUUCACAAGACAAUAUUCAAUUAUAUAUAUUAGCUGAAUUACUUUCUGCAUUUCGAUUAUGUCUUGAUGAUAAUAAUGUAUGUGUUAUACAUGUUUCAUUAAAUGCUUUACGAACAUUAUUAAGUUUUUUAUUAAUUAAUAUUCAUGUUGAAUAUUUAGAAGAUAUUUAUGUUCUUUUAAAUGUUUUAAGAUCAACAACAAUUCGACCAUUUUUUUUUCAUAAUCAACAUGAUGAACUUCGAUUACUUUUACACUUUUUUAAACAUCCAUUUAUAUAA